AUGGGUCUAAAUGUUACCGACUUCGUUAAAAGGCCUUCCCUGGGUCGCGAAGGUCGAGAAAUACGCGUCCGUGCAAAUUUUUUUGAAAUUACCUCACUCCCUGAAGCUAAUAUUCACCAUUAUGAUGUUACCAUUACGCCACAAGUACCUCCCUUAUUGAAUAGAAAGGUUUAUCAAGUGUUUGAAAAAUCGAACUGUAACAACAAGGCCGUUUUCGAUGGGCGUAAAAAUAUUUUCACUUGUGAACGUCUUUCUUUCGAAGAUUCUGCCACUUUUGAUAUUACUCUUCCAGAAGAUGACGGUUCAACUUCAACAAGACGCCAACCGAGAGUUUUUAAGGUCAAAAUUAAAAAAGUGAAUGAAAUAAAUAUGGAAGAAUUGCAACGUUUUUUGGAUGGCAAAGCUCAAUGUAGUUCGAAUGUUUUAACAGCCAUUAUGGCUUUGGAUGUGCUAAUUAGACAUAAGCCUUCAAUGCAAUAUGUAACUGUUAGUAGAUCUUUCUAUACACGUGAGGGAUCUAGAAAUUUAUCCGGUGGCGUUGAAGCUUGGCAAGGGUAUUAUCAAUCUGCGCGUCCUACACCAGGUAAAAUGAUGAUCAAUAUUGACUUAUGUGCGACCGCAUUCUAUGAAAGUGGUCCUUUAGUCAAUGUUGUUGUUAAAAUGCUUGGAAAACAACAUCCCGAUGAUUUGCGCAGAGGAAUUAAUGAAAGGGAACGCGCUAAGCUUGAAAAAGAACUUAAAAAUCUUAAAAUUCGUGUUACUCAUCGUGGUGAAAAAAAUGCCAAACGACGUUACAGAAUUUCAAAGAUCACCCCUCAGGAUGCUCAACGAACAAAAUUUGAUGAUGCAGAUGGUCAUAAAAUGGAUGUGGCUUCAUAUUUUCAAAAAAACUACAAACGACUUACUUAUCCACACUUACCUUGUAUUGUGGUUAAAACGGACAAUUUUCUUCCAUUGGAAGUGUGUGAGGUUAUUGAAGGUCAGCGUCAUUUUCGAAAACUCAAUGAAAAACAAACUGCUGACAUGAUUAAGUUCACGUGCCAACAGCCAAAUAUUCGCGCAAACAAAAUCAAGAUGGGAUUUGAUACUCUUAAUUAUCGCCACAACGAACAAAUGAAUAAAUUUAAUAUGGAAGUAUUAAAUGAAAUGGCCACUGUACGAGCUAGAGUAUUACCUACACCUACAAUUAACUAUCAUCCUAGUUCUAAAGAUGCAACUUUUAUUCCAAGGGAUGGAGUCUGGAAUUUGAGAUAUAAGAAAGUUGUUACUGGUGCUACACUUGGGUCAUGGUCGGUUCUAGUCUUCGGAUCAGAACGCGAAUACUCAGCGCAUUCGGUUCAAAAUUUUGUUCGAGAACUAGUUACUACUUGCUCUGAUACUGGAAUGAAUAUUUCUAAUAAGAACCCACCAAUUUUACAUGCAAAUCCUCAAGGCAAUGUUGAAGAGAGUUUAAAACAAGCAUGGAUACGUGCUGGAAAUGCUGCAAAAUCAAAACCACAACUAAUUUUAUGUAUCUUACCCAAUACUGGUAUUCAACUUUAUGGCUCUAUCAAAUGCGCGGGUGAUACAGUCAUCGGUGUAGUAACUCAGUGUAUUCAAGGUAGACAUAUGUUAAAAGCUGGGAAACAAUAUUGCGCUAAUGUUUGUCUUAAAAUUAAUGUGAAACUUGGUGGAACGAAUUCUUUCCUUGCACCAAAUCAAAAUCCAUUUCUUCACGAAAAGCCUUCGAUUUUGAUGGGUGCUGACGUGACACAUCCUCCACAUGGUUCAAAUCGACCAUCAAUUGCGGCCUUAUGUGCUUCUAUGGAUUCUAGAGCUUCUCGUUACGCGGCUUCAAUAAGGCAGCAAGCUUCUCGUACAGAAAUUAUUUCUGAUUUGGCUGAUAUGGUUAAAGAUAUGUUAAAAACCUUUUAUCAGACUAGUGGGAAGAAACCUGAAAGAAUUCUUUUUUACAGAGAUGGCGUUUCGGAAGGUCAAUUUGAGCAAGUACUCAAUGAAGAAAUUAAAGCAGUAAAAUCCGCGUGUCACUCUCUUGAUCCAAAAUAUUCACCUACAAUUACAUUCAUCAUUGUUCAAAAACGUCAUCAUGCACGUUUCUUUCCAAUUGACAAGAAAGACUCAGAUCGAACUGGAAACUGUUAUCCUGGUACCCUUGUAGAAACUGACAUUGUUCAUCCCGUGGAAUUUGAUUUUUACUUACAAAGCCAAGCUGGAUUGCAAGGAACGUGUCGACCUACUCAUUAUCACGUUUUAUACGACGAAAAUGAGUUCACGCCCGACUCACUUCAAACUUUGUCAUACAACUUGUGUUAUAUAUACGCGCGAUGUACUCGAGUAGUUUCUUUAGUCCCUCCUGUUUAUUAUGCACAUCUUGUUUGUAGUCGAGCUCGUUUCCAUAUUCGUGGUGAUAAUUUCAGCGAAGAAUCAUCUACAGAAGGAGACGAAGUUGCUUUUGGUGCAGUGAAACCCGAAUUAUUAAAAGUUAUGUACUUUAUGUAA